AUGGAAGCUAUCGGUGGCAUUGCAAGUGUUACAGGGGUGGUAGGAUUCAUCGGACAAAUCGCAGGCGGCUGUAAAGUCGUCAAAGAAAUCAUCGGCGACAUCAAAAACGCACCUAAAGACAUCAUAAGGCUUGCGGAGUGUAUAAAAAGCAUCGAAGAGAGCUCAAAUGAAGUUCUACGCCAGCAUGAACAACUAAAGACUCAUUAUGGAAUCCAAGAUAUACCUGCGGCCGGAGCACACAUGCUUGAAGCUAUUAAAGCCGCCGAAAAUAAGCUCUCAUCAUCCGCAGAAAUCUUUGGCAAUUCAACGAUGGGCUCCAAGAAUAAGCGGAAGCAGUUCUGGCAUCGACUCAAAUAUGCUGCGAACAAAGAAGAGAUUAAAGAAUUGAUGCAGUGGGUGGAUAGCACCACACAACAAGUUACGCUGGUUCAACAAAAUUUGUCAAGAAUCAUUCAACUCGAACAAAGUGACUUAUUGAAGGAGAUAAGUACCAACAUUAUAGAAGUUCCGCAUGCCAUUCAUGAUUCGAGAGAUGCAAUCAUAACAGCGCAGCAAAACCAAACCGAAACACUUCGUUCGGAAAUGCAGAAAAGUCAGAGUCACUUAGUACAGAUGAUGUCAACGACUAUAGCUACCAAAGCAUUGGAGGAUGUUCGUGAGGAUCUGUUACUAAGUUUAAAAGGAGCCAUGGAGGAAUGCAUCCAAGCACAACGUUUAGAUGUUGGACCCCAAGUCCAGUUUCUUGUUGGCAAGUGUUUGCAGCGCGAUUUGCCAAUACAUUCAGCCAAACUUGCAGAACAACGAGGAAAUGAUGUGUCUGUGUCUCUUUCAAGUCCAUCUCCACGCAGUGUCACGCCGACAUCUUACCAUGCUUCAUCAACACCCGAUAAGAUGAAGCGGAGGAAGAAGGGAAAGAAGCUCAUUUUGUCAACAUGGUACAAUUACAGGUUUCUCGGGAUUAAUGUCUCCAUCGCAAUCUCAUCGUAUGCCAAUAAUCAAUAUCAAUUCUCAAGGUCAUCUUCGGGCCCACACGAUCUAUCUUCGACUUCAGUAUCUAUUUUCCUCACGAUACCCUGGGCCAGAAGGGGUCUCGAUCUGCGAUAUGAGAUGCCUAGCGUACCUUAUUCUCGCGAAAGUUUCAUUUCCCUUAGACCGUAUUACAUACACGCAAAGGGUAGUGAAUUUCAUAAAGCAGUCACAGAAUUUGACAUCGAGACAGCGCGAAACUUAUUUGAACAAGGAAGAGCUUCUCCACUGGAUGAAGUUGAGGGACUAAACGGCUUACUAAAAAUAUUGUACUUGUUCAAAAGAAAUUAUGACAACAGUCUACAUAUUGAAUGGGUGAAAUUUAUUCUUGGGUACCAGGUUGAUAGAUAUAUCGACACUAAGGAUCUCAAGCACUUCAUUUUUCUAGCUUCUCGAGGUGGAAAUGAUCCAGUGUAUGAGGCAUUGACUCUAAUUUUGGAAUGUUCGCAGGAUUGCUUCCUCCAGGAUCCGGACAUAAAGUUUUCGCUAUGGCGUAUAGAUCGUCCGCCGCCAGAACAUAGCAGGAUAAUAAUGCCUCUCAGGAAUUAUGACCAGUUGAUUGACUGGGACUGUCACGAGUUCCCAAGCCAUCCCGGUCUCUAUCUUGAAAACAGUCGUCAACUUUUUGAGAAUCCUCAAGGAGAUGGAUUAGAUGAUGCAUUAGAUAGAGGAUGUCAGUACCGCUUAAUAUCUGACCAGGAAUGGCAGGGAACAAUUUUAGGAAAUCUUGAAAACGAGUCAUCUGUGGUAUCGAUUCUGGAAUUCAUCAACCGUUACAGUGGGUCAAGAAGCAGGGAAGAAGUUAUCUACUGCUGCAGUAAUCGGCUCGAGAUACUAAUUGUAAAAGGUCUUAACUUAAAUAGAGACGACACUUUUCGAACGCAGGCGAGUCUCCUAAAUCUUAAUGUGGCUGUAUAUUAUUACUCUACAGUUAAUUAUGUAAUUCAAACUGGAGCUUGGAAGCAUCUAUUUGAAAUGCUUGUUCAGAUAGGGUGGAAUGAAAGAAAGAUCCAAGAGCUGUAUGAUGAAGAGAUCUUCUUGGGGAUUCCCGCCUUGAUGGAAGGUUUACAAUACCGCACGAUAGAGAACGCACGGGAAGAAUUCCUGCAGCGGCUGCUUAAUGGUGAUGAUUACUCCUGCUUUGACACUAAAAAACUGUCAGUGGAACUAGCUUCAAAAGAAAGUUAUAUAUCUGAGGCUAUCACGCGUGCUAGUCUUCAAUGUUCAGAGAAAAUGAACAUACCGGGGUCGUGGGAAGAAGAAGAGGUUGCCGUCGAAUCGAUUUCUGAGAAAGACAUUAUUAUGCCAUGGUGUUUAAGUAUCUAUUCUUGGACCAGUUCGCAUCAUUAUACAUGUAUUCACUAUGGCCAAUACCACACAAAAUGCCAUGUCCCUCGAAAGGAGUGGAAUCCAUAUAAUGCUCAAAUACAGCUCGUCGAUAUGGUAGAGGAUAUGGAAAGUAAGGAGGAUAUGGAAAGCAACGAGGAUAGUGACUAG